UUCGUCCGCUGCUAAAAUGUGUCCUCCGAGAAACACUUGCAGUUGACCGUGGUUUGUUAUGAGAAGUCUAGAGUAAAGUUUUGCAGGCUAUGGAAAAAUAAUUCCAGUGUCUCAACGAAAAGAUCGCUCAAAGAGAAUAAACAGCAGAGCAAUUGAGUCAGCACAGGAUGGCAUCCCCCCAUGACCGCAGCCGUAAAGAUGAAGAUGAGGAUGACCCCGUUGAUCGGAUGAUAUCCCGCACUGGCUGUGCAGAGCAACAUUACGCUGUGCAGGAGUGCAUGGCUGAACACCAGGACUGGCGCAUCUGCAAAAGUCAGGUCCAGACUUUCAAAGACUGCAUGAUGAAUUUCCAAAUCGCCCGAAAAGAGCAGCUGAUGAAGCAGCGGCAGAAAACCUUCCCUGAGUCUGCUCCGAGCUGAACACACUGGCUGGGCUGUGUUGAGGGCAUGCAAAUCAAAAGACUGUACCUAAUCACAAUAUUGUUGAUUAAAAUAAAGUAUGAGCAGCUACAAAAAAACAA